AUGGACGUGCUCAAGACGUCCCAGGAGAUCGUCCACGAAGGAUGGCUCAUCAAAUCACCGCCCACCAAGCUGUGGAGAGCGCGGUGGAGAAAGCGAUGGUUUGCCCUUCGUCACAGUGGAGAGCUGCCUGGUCAAUACUUUCUGGAGUAUUACACUGACAGACGCUGCCGUAAACUCAAGGGUCGUAUUGAUCUAGAUCAGUGUGAACAGGUGGACGCGGGUCUCCGAUUCGAAAAUCGUAAACAAAAAUAUCAGUAUAUGUUUAAUGUGAAGACACCCAAGCGAAUCUAUUAUUUGGUUGCUGAGAAUGAAGUGGACAUGAACAAAUGGGUGGAUGCAGUGUGUCAAGUUUGCAAUCUUAAGGCAUACACUCAGGAUGACGACCAGCAAAUCUUCCAAUACGAGUCUCAAGAAUCUCCGCCAACUUCACCCACCAGCACAAUCUCCGGUCCCUACAUUCCUAUUAGCGAGUGCAUUUCCGGUCGUCGGUUCAAUGAUACAAGUUCUCUCAAUUUGGCCCUUGGACAGGGACCGGAGCAUUAUGACGCCCCGAGAAGAUUGGCACCCUCGCCGCCACGGUCGCCUACAACGACGGAUGCCGAAAGCGUCUUCACCGACGACGAAUGGACGACGUCUGUAACGAGCGCAAAUUGGGACACGCUUCCUUCCACGGGCGAGUCACGACAACCCUCUGGCCCGGGCGAUCAUGAGAUCGGCUCCUGGAGCGUAAGAAAACGUUUCGGUAAGCUCAGGAUCGUCGAUUCCGCGGUGCCACCGGCCUUGGAGAAGUUACCGGCACCGCCCAGACCACCGAAACCGCCUCAUAUGUUACCCGAAAAUCCCGGUCAUAACUACCUGAAUCUAGACGGUGCCACUGAAAGCUCGAAGCCGAGUACUCCAGCGACGCCAGCACCGACAACGCCUGCUGCCGCCACCGCGACGACGACAACGGGUGCCGUGACUGACGAAUCAUACGAUUUUCCGAGAUCUCAUCAACCGCAAGCGGCACAAACGACCAUCGAGAGUAACACAGCAGCGAUCGAUCAGUCGUCAAAACACUUCUACUCGAACGCCGCGCCGAGUACCAUCGACGAAACGCAGAACGUGUUUCGCUACGAUUUCCACGAGGAUGAACCAUCAAGUCCGCGCUCUGAAACUUCGACUACAGUGACGUACUCGAAUCUACCAAGCCCUCUCGUGCGAGACGGUUGUCCGAGCGGCGUACCAACCACCAUGGCGCCGCCUCCACCAAUGGUGUACAGAGAACUAAAGCCGGGUAGAAAAACCAGUGACUCGAUGUCUGUCAUAAGUAACGAACCGUCACCGGGUCCGACAAUAGCGCUAUAUGACGUGAGUUCCGCCGAACACUCUCCAGCUGAACCGCCGAGCAUCAACAGGAAAUUAAAGCCAUCUUUGAAUAAAUCACCGGUGGAAGCACCUCAUCUGCAAUUAGCGUCUCCGCCUGGAAGAGGAAGAAUGCGGGCAGCGCCUAGUCCGACGCCUCCGUCGCAUAUGCACUCGACACGUCUCCAAUCAACGUCGGACGAAGACAAUAACGCGUUCGAAGAUAAAGAGGAGAUAUACUAUUAUCAAGAUCACAACACGUUCAUUCCGGCGUCCAAUCGCUUGGUGGUACUACAGUAUCUAGAUCUCGACUUGGAAGCGACAGAGAGCUUUAGUUCCUCGACGUUACCGCCCCCGCAAUCUCUUCCGAAUACGACAGUGUACAAAACCGUGGAUUUCGUGAAAACGGAGGCUUUCAAUCGCACUCGGCAGCGAGUAGAGGAGGAGAGAAAACUGUGCACGGACGAGUUAACGUAGGGAGCGAAUUUGUGUAUUAUACGAACCAUAGAUAGAUUACACGAAUGUUAAAUACAUCAAAUAAUGUGUGUGGACUUUUUGGUAUGUUAUAUAGAUAAAAGAGAAUUUUUUUUCUUAUUUUAAGCACUAGAAUAGCACGUUAGAGUUGUACUGCAUGAGAAAUGCGAGUGAAUUUGAUGAAAAAUCGCGGUAUCAACGCGAUACAUACUUUUAGAAAGACAGUGUCCACUGCUUUCACGAUGUAUGUUAUUUUCUUCUUUUACAUAGCAACGUUUAGUUUCAUAAAUUGGCUAUGCAGUUGAAAGAGGCAAUCGGAUAUCAAAGUAUUGUACAACAAUAUUUAAUGGACCAAAAAUGUUAUAUAGAAAGAGAAAUGAAUGGCAGGAGUGAAAAACAGAAGUAUCGAUAGUCUCAUCAAGAAAUAUCCUCAAUGGGGAAAUUUCUGAUUGAAUAAGCAAAGUAUUAUGUAAAUCAUGAAGAUUUUCUUAUUUUUGGGUAUAAUUAUGGUUUUAUGUAUUAGAUUUAUAUAGGGUCAACGUGCGCGUGGGGCAUUUUUAUCAUCAACUAUGUGCAACGAAUAACUAAAGCUAUAUAUUGUUUGUUCUAAGAUAUAUCUUACUUUUAGCGUUAGAUAUAAAAUGAUAUAUAAUAUUUUUUUAUCAUGUCACAACGAAAUUUGCAUCACCAAGGUAUUUAGGUUACACUUACAAUACAUAUCACAGAAAUAUAUCAGUUAUACUGCAUUAAUCCAGAAAAUAAUAUCGGAUAAUAUUUUAAUACACAUUACGUAAAACACAGGGCCUAAUCUAAUAUAUUUAUACGUAGAUUAUCACAUGCCUUGGUUCAGCUCUUGUAAAAAUUAUUGGAGAAAAAAAUGAUAUUAAAAUUGUAUUGUUAUUUUACAAUUUAUGUUUUAAUUAUUCUUUCAUGAUGCGUUCAUGAAUGAAUUCCAAUUACCAUUUUAGAACUUUACAGCAUAUUCAUGGAAAUUUGUUUUUUGUUAUAGAAAUAUAAUCGUCGUUGAGAGAUUGGAAUCUGAAGAUUUAUAGUUAAUCCUUAAUCAUUUGUAAUUGUAAAUGUACAAGUCAUAAAUAUACUUAUACAGGAUA